GUUAUUCUUUCAUGUUACGCUUACGCCAAAUAGACCUAGUGUUUCAUAUAACAGUAAUAGAAUGUCCAUUCUCCAUGAAAGAAUAACCAAAACAUGUUUUGUGAAUCCGCAGAGGGAUAGAGAGCUCCAGAAAGCAUGGAAGAGUCACCAAUAGAUGAACCAGAAGAUACCAAGUCGAAUGGAGACAGCGACCUCAUCACUGAACAAGAAAGUGGUGUUGUUGUGAGAUUUGAUAUUGGAAGAUUUGUGCUGUGUCACAGAAAAUUGUGUCACCUGACUGAACCAUUUGUAAAAUGUCAUGAAAGUUUCAAUUUCAUAACCAGGUUGGUCAGCCAGCUGUUUUAAUACGUACUAUCACUUUAGUAACCAAAUUGGAAGCCUUGAAGUUGCGUUAUAAGCAGAUACUUCAUUCCGUAAAUAAUAGUUCCUUAUUAGUUGGAAGCAUUCACACGUGACUAUGUAUUUCGUUAUCGAGCAAAUACUGUUCAUGACUACAGUUUUCAGUGGUGACAGAAUGGGAUUGAAAAAUCAGCUGAAAAUCGGUGUCUUAAGUAGAAUCAUAACUCGCCUGAAUCGGAGUAGCCUCCCACAGAGUCAGUUUUGGAGUUUCCUUGUAGUUUGCAAGGAAAAUUGCUUCCCUCAAAAUACCUGCAUGGGAAUCUAGAAUCUGAAUCGUAACAAUCAAACCGUUCCCUUUUUUCAUGACUCUGUUGCUUGUGAUGUCAUAAAAAACUAGAUUGUUAGACCUGAAAGCGAUUUCCCGUGUCAUCCGCCUCCUCUCCUCGAAAAAAUGGGGAAUAGAGUCUCUAUCUCUGAUUUUUCAUGAAACGAGAGGAGAUAGUUUUACACAGGCUAAGAAGCAAAAGCAGAAAAAAAAACUGUAAAUGCACUAAUAGAUGCCUGGGGUAUAUGUUGCAGUUAAUUUUUUAUUUCAGUUAAUUUUUGGUUUUCCUUUGUUUUUAAAUUCAUUAGCAUACAUAACCAUACUCAGAAACAAUGGAAAAAUAAAAAUUAACUGAAAUAAAAAUUAACUACAACAUAUAUAUUUAAUUCUAUGGGCAUUUAAUAGUUACGAAGUCAUUCACGUGGCUUGUCUGGGGCGUAAUUGGUUUGUUUACACCCAUAAACACUAAAAGCAUGCAAGAGAGAAACCUCUGCUUGUAGGGUAUUUAAUAGUUAAAAGGCAUGUAAAAUAGAGCGGUGUUUAUUCUCAUACCUAGCUGUGACAAGCUCAAAAAAUAAAUUUGAUUGCGGCAAAAAUAUGAAGAGAGUUUAUAAACAGCAUAACAUCCAGUCCAUCUAUUGAUAUGUCUAGGUCAUCUAGAGAUCCACAUUGUCCUUUUAAAUCUCAACUUUGAUGUCAGGGUCAUGGUGUUGUGAUUGUUAGCCUGUCCUUACUUUGAACUUGAUAUAUAUUGAACAAAAUGCAAUGGGCAAAGUGCCAAACCCUGGCUUGUUAAUAAAGAAAUAAACUGCAUAAAUUGAAUGAUUAUUGCUCCUUUUUGCUAUUUGGAGUAAUUGUCCUGGGGGGAGGGGCAUCUAUUAGACUGGGGCAUUUAUUAAAGUCGAGGGGCAUCUAAUACAAACUUAACAUUGUUAGAUCAUUUACAGUAAUCACAAUUCUCAUUCCCGUGCAUUGUCUUUGGUUUGUUCUUCUGCUUCUGCUUAGGUCUCCAACAGUCUGGUUUUCACUAAAUUGUAAGUGAUAGAGUUGUAAGCAGAACUGGAAUACUGUUUUCACUAGAUCAUAACACACUGUGCUUCUGAUUAUGGCUCCAAAUUGGUUGUCUUCAAAUCAGACUACGUUGUGAGUGAAAACCAGCCUUGAGCAAUUACCCUUGGGUAGACAGUGUGGCAAAAUUUAUUUUAGGAAAUUAGUGUGGAUGUAAAUUUCUAUGAAAAAUUAUUAUUUAUAGGGAGGAUCUCUGUUUACCAGCAAACAUUUUGAUAUUUAAAUGUCCAAGUUUCAUUUAAAAUAUGCAUCCCUGCCAUCAUAAGCUCUUUAUUGAUAUUAAAAUGUUCAAAAAAAUUUUGUUUCCCUUUUUUCAAGGUGGCAGUCCCCAAGGCUCAGUGUGGUGGUAAUGACUGGUUCUGUUUAUUUAUCUAUGAGAUAUCCAGGUAAAUAAUCCCAUGGAGUUAAACUGACAGGUUUUUGAAAGACUGUUGUGAGCGCAAAUAUAGGGUUUGUUACCAUGGCAACACAAAUGGUCUGUUUACAGUUAAUCCAGGAUAAUUGCUAACCAGUCUUUGGAAUUCCUGUUACUUACCUUUUCUGGGGGAUUUAGAUCAAUAUUAUUACUGUCUCCUCUGAUGGUGCAUACUGGUUUACAUACCUACAUGUACGUAGUUAAAAACAAACCUUUUUAUUUUACAGUCAUGUCAAGCCAUUUACUACAGAACUAUUAAAUCACAUCAAAAUGUUACUUUGGGCUUGUCUCAGCAUUACUAAAAUAAAUAAAUAAAUAACGAUUUGCAGGUAGCACAUCCACAUAGUGGUUCUUCGUCUGCCUCAUUCCUGGUCGAAUUGGAAUUUGGAAAUGUUGGUUUUUGAGGAGACGGGAAAACCGGAGUACCCGGAGAAAAACCUCUCGGAGCAAGGGAGAGAACCAACAACAAACUCAACCCAUGUAUGCCGUCAACGCCGGGAUUUGAACCCGGGCCACAUUGGUGGGAGGCUAGCGCUCUCACCACUGGGCCACCCUUGCUCCCCAUUACUGGUAACUUGAUGUUGUUUCAUUCUUAAUUUUGCAGUGUAUCUUCUUCUAUUUCCACUGUUAUACUCUGUUGUCAUACUUUCUUUGGCUGCUGUGAAAAGGUUGGGAUCGAAAAACUCAAGAGGUGCUGUAAACGCAAGAAUUAGAAACUUGGUCAAGAGAAAAGAAGAUGAUUAUGCAAGUUUGGUAAGUACCGUUGACAUGUAACCUACGUAUAUAGAAAAUUGGGCUUAUAGUGGAGGAUAUUUUAAGCAUAUUUGCUUGUUAGCAUGUAGGAUUGAUGCAGGGAAAAAAACAAUUAAUACUGUACACACCAGCCAAAAAAUUCCAUUUAACCACUGCUUGGUAGUGAGCACUGGUGUGCUGAUCACAAGUGGGAGUUUACAGGUUCAAACCCCAGCUGGACCAACAUUUCCUUGUCUUUAAUCAACUGAGAAUAAAGUGCUGCCUUUGUAAUGACAUCUGCAAACAUAGUCUUCGCAGGAACUUACUGAAAACCCUAAGACCUGUCUGUUAAGUUUUUGUAAAGUAUAAAAACAACAUAGUCCGCACGGAUUUAUGUAGGGUUGGUAUUUGCAGUCCUAAGCUUGUGCCUUAAAAUUGCUGGUUGCAGUGGUGUUUAAACAAAACCAGAACCGCAAACUCUUCAAGUCUGUCAAGAAAUGUGCCACAUAUUUGGCUACCUGUAAAACAUGCAGUCUGUGUAUGUAUCUAGAUUUGUAAUGCAUGCAACAUAUAAUACAUGUACAUGUAAGUUAUAGUUGCAUCAACAGCACUUGCAUGUUCCACAAACAUCCCUUGGGAAGAUGCUGAAAAGGCAAAGUUUUUUUGUCCCUGAUAUUUAGAAGGAGCAUUUCAAUAAUCCUUCUGUUAAAUUGCUCACAAGCAGUACUGAAAUCAAUUUUUUUGUCUCUCACUUGCAAGGAACUAAAACAAGCAGCUAAGAAACAAGCUCAAAAGGACCUACAUGCAUUUAUCAACAUGUAAGAUGCAGUUACGUAAACCAUAUAUAGACCUUAUUUGCUUGUUGUUUUGUUACUAUAUAGAGGGUAUUACACGGUGGCACAAAGAUAUGAAUUUUAUUUUCGAGUGGCAAAACCGCGAGUGAGUAAAAUAUUGUUUUUGCCACGAGAAAAUAAAAUUCAUAUCUUCAAGCCGCCAUGUAAUGUUCUUUUUAUCAUACAGACAAAACGACAUCGAUGAAAUAAUAGGGUGAAAUGACCGAAAUUACGUCAUCGAUAAACUUACGUGUGAGAUCAUGGAAAAUAAACCACUCGGGUCCCGGAUGUAGUUUUUAUGAAUUUUACGAGUGGGAUCAGGGCUGUCAUUAAGAGUUGGGGGCCGGGGAUUUCCCCGGGCUACUAUGAGUGUGGUCCCCGGCUACUUUUAUUGGAAAAUAGAAGAAAAAUAGAACCAAAAGAAAUUCCUUGCUGUUUGAUUCCCCGCCUACUUGUUGUAUUUACCUGGCAACUUGAAAUUUUAGUGACAACCCUGGGUAUAUUUUCCAGUAAAACACUCAUGUCUAUAUAAUAAAUAAUAAUAUUGAUGGAUCAAAAUAUUGAUCUGGAGAUUUGUUUCUUUCCCUUGUUUGAAAUAAAGAGUGCAUGUAUGUGAGAAAGGCAAUAAGCACAAGAGGGUGAUGAUGGGAACAAGUGCAGAACGCUUUCCUGAAAAAUUAACUCAAAUAUCCCCCAAAAAGUGCUUGCGAGCGGCUGGGGCCGGGACGAGGCAGAGGAUGGACUUAUCCAUUUUUAAAUAGAAUACUCCAGCCUUGAAUAUCAUCACAUUCUCUACAGUGGGGCAAUAAAACAUUCAAAGGAGGAAGGUCUACUCCUUAUAAUUACUGAAUUUUUAAGACAGACUCAUCUCUCUCUUGGACAUGAUUUAACAGCUGCACUACAAUGUUACUGCUAUGUUACCUAGAGAUAUAGGUAGUUACUAAAUGACUGUUUUUAGCAAACUCUUUCAGUAAUAUUGCAAGUUUUAAAGGGCUGACUCAAAUGUUUUCCUCGGUGACAAUUAAAAUAAUACAUAACCCUCACUAUGUUUUAGCAGUUGUAGUUAGAUGCAUUACUUUGAAAUUUGCAUUGUGCCUUAAUACUUUACAGCUGUGUUGAGAUUCAAACCUAUGAAGACCUCUUUUGUAAAUACCUUGACAAAUUUUAUAGGUAUGGUUUUGCCACUUCACUCUUACAUGUUAGGAUAAUAUUAUUUUACAUUAUGUGCUUUUUGCUUGAAAACAGAAAACUAAAUAAUAAUUUAUAUUUGUAUGUGACAACUAACUGA